AUGUCUUACAAGAAUUGCUGCUCCAGAAACUACAGCUCUCACUCCCUUGGGAAUUCCUGCCAUGCUCCUGUCACCUCACCGAGAACCCUGUAUUCCACUGAGCCAAAACAGAAUGGGGCUUCUGGAAACUUCCCAGAGACAUGCAGUAAAGCUUCCAGCUACCAACCAUCCAGCUGUGUGCCCACAACCUGUGAAAUUUCUGGCUACCCUUCCACUACUUACUGUGUCUCCAGGCCUUGCAGAGCAACCAGUUGUUUUCCCAUCAUUUCUUACCUCUCCAGUUCCUGUCAACCAACAGUGUAUAAUAGACCUCAGAACUAUUUGCCCAUUAGUUGCCACCCCCAGAACCACCACUCUUAGGGUUGUCCCACAGAACUCAUCUUCUGUGGGUAUCGACCACUGAAUUUUGCAUCCAGCACCUGCCAUCCUUUGAGAUAUCUAUCCUCUGACUGCCAACCUCUAGGUUAUGUGUCUAGAAGCUUCAGACCCCUGGACUAGGUGUCUAAUAGUUUUCAACCUGUUCCCUACAGAUACAGCAAUUUCCAACCAGCUUGUUCUUCCGUUGGGACUUGGCAAUCUCCAUUUAUUAGAAGAUCAUGCUGA